ACAGGAGAAAGACAAGGACCUCAGAAGUCACCUGAGAGAAUCUGAAUCCAUCUGAAGAUUAAAAUUAUUUUAAUACUUGCAGAAAUGACUGGAACAACCGUGUCCGUGUGCCUACUUUUCAUCCUGUCUGUGUGCUCAGCGUGUUAUAUUUCAAAUUGUCCGAUUGGUGGAAAAAGGUCGGUCAUGGAUGCGCCGCUGCGUAAGUGCAUGUCCUGCGGCCCCGGAGACAGGGGUCGUUGCUUCGGCCCCAGCAUCUGCUGUGGGGACGGCUUCGGCUGCCUAUUGGGCUCCCCAGAAUCUGCUGCCUGCGUGGAAGAAAACUACCUGCUCACCCCCUGCCAGGCGGGAGGGAGGCCCUGUGGAUCCGAGGGCGGACACUGCGCCGCAUCGGGACUUUGCUGUGAUGCAGAGAGUUGCACCACAGACCAGUCCUGCUUUAUCGAGGAGAACGGAGACGACCAAAGCAGCCCGCUGGAGGUCAGCGAACCUGCUGACAUCCUCCUCAGGCUCCUCCAUCUGGCCGGCCACACUUCUCAUCGAAUCCACCAAUGAGCUGCUCCCAACCGCCUCACCGCAACCAAUCGGCUCUUCUGUAUAGUUUCCGUCUUUUUUGUUCCAUCAUCAACUUUGAUCUUGGAGUGCUUCUAUAGAGUGCAUUGAUUGAUAUUUUUUAUGUAUAAAACUAGGGAUGAACACAGACGGAUCAUCCAGAUAUCUGCAUGCUGAAUUAAAGUUUGGAGACAAUAACAAA